CUCAUGCUUCAUUAUAUUAUUAACUAAACGAGGUGAAACAGCGCGCAAUGAGCAAUGAUGCAACAAUAAGCAUUCUUGGCGUAGUUAGAGGCCACCCGCCUUCGCUUGUCUCUACUAUGUCCAAGCUCCAACCGCCGAACAUCUUUCUAUCUAAAUAUCUUCACUUCAAUCUGUCUCUUCUUCUAUCUACUAUGUACAGACCACAGACAGACAGACUGCACCCUCGAGCUCGCUCAACCGGACAUUAGCCGCCUGUGUUAUAUAUUCCUGUCGAUUUCCUUUUGCUCUUACUUAUUCUCAUGGGGCAGUGGCCUUUCAUCCCAAACCCUCUCAUGUCCAUGUAGCCAACCCGCCCUGCAGCACGCCGCUAUCCUUGAGUCUUUCUUUCUCAUACAAUGUCUGUCCCAUCGUUGGUCCACCUUGCGCGAAAGGCGUGCAUGAAGAUUAUAAAGAGGAUCGAUGAUAUCGGUUUGGCCCGCUAUGAUCUUAUCAGGCCAAUCCUCCAAAAGAUAGAGAACCCCGAACACCUGCGCGAGCUUGAACUGAAAUCGCCGCACCUCCUUGAGCAUGAUGCAGAGUUAUGGAUGGAGUUUAUCAAGCGUGAUGUUCCUGGAUACGAUAAACUCAUCCUCCCCGAGAACCCUGAAAGCUGGUACGAUGUCUACCACGAACUCCUCGAGAAAACCGCCAUGGAAGUCGAUAAAGAUGCAGAACGCAUGAAGCGUGCGCUACUUGGCCUCGAUUCCAAAAAGGCUAGACAUAGCUCCAAGGUGGUCGAUACGCAGAAAAUGCGACUGCCCAAGGAGAAACCAACCGCGAUCCAGCGAUACGCUUUUCUAGACAGGAAAAUGGGAGGCAUUGCUCCCGUGUUCGUCCCGGCCGCUCCAAAAGAAGGAGGCCGGGGAAUCACCCCGUACGACCAGACCCCGCGCUGGAAGUUUGAGACCCCCAAGAUACCACGGUCGGCUCCUGCGCCCAAGAAGUCCGCACUUCCCCUCGUAAAGAGGAAUCACCGACUCUGCAUCCCCACGCAUCGUCUGAACAGCAGCGCCUCGCAGGUUGUGAAUGCCCCUCGAUCGCUGAUCGAAGCUUACAAGCGCCCUAUUGAACAAAGUAUCCCGAGACCAACAACGAGAGAUUUACGCUCUUCUUCUUCUACUACUCCUACCAUUACUACACAAUCGACAACGACGACAACAAAAACAACCAACCUCAGUCUCCGCCCCUCCCCCCGAGAUCCGGGAUCAAACCAAUCAAAAACCCUCGUUCCCUCCUCAGCCUCGCCUACCACCCCCUCUCGCCCUUCACCCAUACGGAGACAUAACUCACUACCUACGAGAAGGGAGGAGCAAGCUUCUAUGUUUUCCGCAACUUCGCCAACGACUACAAAGACGACGGACACCCAUCAGGCCGGCGAUGAUAGCCAUACCUCAGCGGCCAAGCCCCCCCCUCCUCCUUCUUCUCCUCCUCUACCUCGCCCCGCUGUAAGAAAACGACCGGUUGCCGAAUACGUGCUCGUGAAGCCUAAGAAGAGACGGCUAUUCUAGCACCUAAUCAUUUUUAUAUAUCUCGACAAAACUGAGCGGCCUCACCUCAUCUCACCUAUCGGAGCCGCGCUUUCUUUACCAUUAUAUCCAUUUUAGAAAAUCUUCGGCGCAUAGGAUUGGACUACUACUGGGCAGGAACCGAACGAUCAUACACAUAAGUAUGAAAUAAAUGACAUGAUGAAAUACCUCUUAAUGAUACAUACACACAAACACACCGGACACUUUACUAUACCCAACAUGGGCGGGCAGAUAAUUUUUUUUUUCCCUUUUUCUUUCCUGAUCUUGGCGUAUGGGCACAGUGUUUUCGGGAUGGUGUGAAUUUCUAAAGCAUUCAUCCCCUAGACAUUCUAGAUAGACAUACAUGUCUGUACACUACAUAGCUAGCAGGAGCACAUCUAUGGGGUCUCGUCUUGAGGCCACGGGAGCUUGAAGGCUUGGUUGGCUGGCUGAUUGGUUGGAGUUUUGUUUUUUUUACCUUGGGCAUUGUGGGAGAUUUGUUGUUGUUUUUUCCCCUUUCUUUUCUGUUUUCUUAUCGUGUCCACCUUGCUAGUAAUUAUAUAUAUAUAUAUAUCUAUUUGCUUCAAAUUUUGUUUAUUUAUUGGAAAGUUGAUGAACAUACUGCUCUGCUUUCUUUUCUGCCCUUUGGCAUGUUACUUACUCUAUUUUUAUUUUUAUUUUUAUUUUUAUUUUUUUGGACAUUUU